AUGCCAUCAAAUUCAAGAGGAACAUGCCCUUGUAGUGGCCAAUGUGAUUACAAUAAUCGUCCACCUUAUCCUUCUCAAGGCCAAAACCACUACCAAGCCAACCACUACCAACCACAACAACAACAGCUACUAAGCCAACCAAAUCACCACAACCAAAACCAAAACAACUACACCAAGUACCAAGCACCGCACCAUAGACAACAAUCUAACCAAACCUCUCCACCUCUCACCAAUCAAGUUGACGAGCUUAGAGCCACUGUGGAUAAACGGGAUGAGGGCUAUAAGGCUCAAUUCGAAGCCAUGAGUUCUCAAUUGGCCAAUCUUAAUGACAUGAUUUCAAAGAUGUCCAUGUCCUCCUCCAACAAUACCAACCAACCCUCAAGUUCUUCUAACCUUCCAUCCCAACCCCAACCAAACCCAAUGGGCGGUCUCAACACCAUCACUCUACAGUCGGGAACUACAUUGGAAGAGAUACCUCCAAGGGUCUUGGAGGACAUUCAUGAGGAAGAAGUGAAUGUUGAAGCUCCACAUGAAAAGGGGGAGGUAGACAAGAGGCAUAGGGAAGAAGGAGUAAACCUCAAGGAACCCAAGAGGAAAGCUCUAGUGGAUGAGUCCAUCCCUAUUCCAUUCUCUUCCAUGGUGAAGGAAGCAAAGAAGACACUGGAAUUUGAUUUGAACAUGCUUCAAGUGUUCAAGAAGGUUGAGGUAAUCAUACCACUUCUUGAUGCUAUUCAACAAAUUCCAAAGUAUGCAAAAUUCUUGAAAGACUUAUGCACACACAAAGAUAGGAUAGGAGAAUUGGAGACAUUAUCCUUGGGUAGUUCAAUUUCUUCCUUGAUGGAACCUAUUCCAAAGAAAUGUGGUGACCCUGGGCCUUGUUUGUUGUCUUGCUGUAUUGGUGGACACACUUUUCAUGAUUGUAUGUGUGAUCUUAGAGCUUGUGUAAGCAUCAUGCCGCUUUCUACAUUUGUGCGGUUGAAUUUAGCUCCAUUAAAGAAGUCGACAGCGUGGUUUGCCUUGGCCAAUAAAAGUGUGAUCACGGUAACAGAAAUAGCCAAAGAUGUACUUGUGGCGAUCAAGGAUUUGAUCUUUCCGGUUGACUUUUACAUCCUUGAAAUGCCUCCAACAGAAAAUAGAAGCUCAUCCUUCGUUCUACUUAGUAGACCGUUCCUUAAGACCUCUAAAUUCAAGUUAGAUGCCUUCACCGGCACAUAUUCCUUUGAGGUUAGAGACAAGACUAUCAAGUUUAAUUUGGAAGAAGCCACGAAGCAUCCUCCCGAAGAGCAUUCCAUUCUCCGAUGUGACGUAAUUGAUGAAGUGUUAGAGGAAGUACAAGAAGAAGACCAUAGAAGUUGUGCUACCAUGUUAUUGAAGAGAUAG